AAACUCCUUUCAUUUCCACAACACUCAAUUUCCCAAGUCUUAUAAAUCCUUCUUUUUUCUCUCCUUUCUCUUCCAAAAGGUUUCUAAACUUUCUUUCCCUCAAACAAUGGCCAUUAGGAAAUCAAACAAGUUGUCACAAACAGCAAUGUUGAAGCAAAUCUUGAAAAGGUGUUCAAGUUUGGGAAAGAAAAAUGGCUCAUAUAAUGACGAACAAUUAGGGCUUCCAUUAGACGUACCAAAAGGGCAUUUUGUAGUUUACGUUGGAGAAAACAGAACAAGACAUAUUGUUCCAAUUUCCAUUUUGUCAAGACCUGAAUUUCGUAGCCUCCUUCAACGUGCAGAAGAAGAAUUUGGUUUUGAUCAUGACAUGGGUCUUACAAUUCCUUGUGAUGAAGAUGUUUUCGAAUCUCUAACUUCGUCAAUACUAAGGUAAAAACGAGACAGUAGGUUGUGAAUAUAAGUCUAGGCGGAGCUAGCUAGCUAGAUUGUCUGAAGUAAAUUUUUAUACAGAAGUUCAGGAAUCUUGGAAUCGUUUUUUUUUUUGUGUGGAUCAUAACCUGGUGACGUGUAAUAGGUUUCUGUGUUUGUAAAUCUCAGAACUCUAUAAUUGUAAUUUUCCUCGCAGUGGCGUUAGGUAAUAUUUGUGCCCUGUAAGAGGUAACUAAUUAUAUAUAAAAUUGUAAUAUUUGGUGCUA